AUGGAGCUCGAAAAAGCCGAGAAACCGAAGGAAAAAGAAUCUGCGAAGGAACUGGAUGCGAAGGCAGAGUUCGCCAAACUGGUGGGGUCACGGUCAGGUGGCGUGUACAUGCCCCCCGCGCGCUUGCGUGCCCUUCAGGCGGCUGCAUCGUCAGACAAGACGAGCCCUGAAUAUCAACGACUUUCCUGGGAUGCCCUUCGGAAAUCGAUCACUGGUAUUGUCAAUCGAGUCAAUAUUGCCAAUAUCAAACAGGUGGUACCGGAACUCUUUGCUGAGAACCUUAUCCGGGGAAGGGGCUUGUUUGCCAGGAGUGUAAUGAAAGCCCAGGCAGCAAGUUUGCCGUUCACGCCAGUAUUCGCGGCGGUUGUUGCCAUCAUCAAUACAAAACUGCCUCAGGUUGGAGAGCUUCUUCUGACUCGCUUGAUUAGUCAGUUCAGGCGGUCGUUCAAACGAAACGACAAAAUUGUUUGCCAUUCUACCACAACAUUCAUCGCUCAUUUGGUGAACCAAGCUGUCGCCCACGAGAUUAUAGCGCUUCAAAUUCUGGUCCUACUGCUUGAACGCCCCACUGAUGACUCAAUCGAGAUAGCUGUCGGCUUCAUGCGUGAAGUUGGCGCAUUCCUGACAGAAAAUUCUCCAAAGGCCAAUGCGACUGUGUUUGAGCGCUUCCGCGCCGUUCUUAACGAAGGCAGCAUCAGUCAACGUGUUCAAUAUAUGAUCGAGGUCCUGAUGCAAGUGCGAAAGGAUAAGUACAAGGAUAACCCUAUCCUUCCGGAAGGUCUGGAUUUGGUAGACGAGGAUGAACAAAUCACUCACCAAAUUCAGCUCGAGGAGGAGCUUCAGGUUCAGGAAGGGUUGAAUAUCUUCAAGUUCGAUCCAAAAUAUUUGGAAAACGAAGAAAAGUACAAAAGCAUCAAGGCUGAGAUUCUUGGGGAGGAUUCUGAAGAGGAGUCUGGUUCUGAAGAAUCGAGCGAUGAUGACGAGGACGAAGUUGCAGAAACUAAGGAAGGAAUCGAGGACAGGACUGAGACCAACUUGGUUAAUCUGCGCAGAAUUAUCUACCUGACCAUCAUGAACGCUCUCAACUACGAGGAAGCCGUUCACAAACUUUUGAAAGUUCAGCUUCAGGAAGGCCAAGAGAUUGAACUCGUGAACAUGAUCAUCGAGUGUUGCUCUCAAGAACGGUCAUACUCCACUUUCUAUGGGCUAGUUGGAGAACGAUUCAGCAAAUUGAACAGAGUAUGGACAGACUGCUUCGAAAACGCGUUCGGAAAUUACUACACUACCAUUCAUCGGUAUGAAACCAAUCGGCUGCGCAACAUCGCCCGCUUUUUUGGACAUCUGCUUGGCUCUGACUCCAUUUCUUGGAUGGCGUUUGAAUGCGUCAAAAUCAAUGAAGACGACACCACUUCUAGCAGUCGUAUCUUCAUCAAAAUUCUCAUGCAAGAAAUGAUGGAAAGCAUGGGAUUAAAGGUGCUCGCGGAGCGGUUCAAAGAUCCAGAGGUGAAGAGGGGCUGUGCGGGAAUGUUCCCAAUGGAUGUGCCGAAGAACACUCGGUUUGCGAUCAACUACUUUACCAGUAUUGGGUUGGGUGUUAUCACGGAAGAAAUGAGAGAGUACCUC